GGUUUCUCUGGCAAUGGAGGCGGUGGCGUCAGCGCCGUUGCCCCAAAAGCGCUUCUACCGACAGCGCGCCCACUCUAAUCCGCUGGCGGAUCACACUUUGCGCUAUUUUGAAACGAUCCUUAAUGAAGCUGUCAAAAGUGCAUCCUCCAGAAAUGCUGUUACCAUCUAACUCAAAGCUUCCGCCUGCUAAGUCUCUGGGUUGAUCUGUUCCAACAAAGUGGCUCCUUAUGGCAGUCCUUCCAAGCCUGAGGAAAUGGAUUGGUCUGAGCUGUACCCAGAAUUCUUCACGUUGUUAAACAGUCGGCACGAUGACUCAAAGGACAUGGAAGAGGGAGCCAAGCCUUCCUGUCAAGUAGAAUUUGCUGAUGUUGGCUGUGGUUAUGGAGGAUUACUGGUUGCGCUGUCUCCCUUGUUCCCCAACACCUUAAUGCUGGGCCUAGAGAUCCGCGUGAAGGUCUCAGAUUACGUGCGAGACCGGAUCCGGUCCCUGCGAGCAUCCCAUCCUGGGUUGUACCAGAACGUCGCCUGCAUCCGCAGCAAUGCCAUGAAACACCUGCCCAACUUUUUCCACAAGGGACAGCUAUGCAAGAUGUUUUUCCUCUUCCCUGACCCUCACUUCAAGAAGACGAAACACAAGUGGAGAAUUAUCAGCACUACCUUGUUGGCGGAGUAUGCCUAUGUCCUGUGUGAGCAGGGUCUGGUGUACACCAUCACGGAUGUAGAAGAGGUGUACAAAUGGAUUGUAAAGCAUUUCCAAGAGCACCCACUCUUUGAGCAAGUACCGUUAGAAGAACUGGCGAGUGACCCUAUUGUUGAUCUCUUGGGUACCUCAACUGAAGAAGGGAAGAAAGUUCAGAGGAAUGGAGGCAAAACCUUCCCGGCUGUCUUCCGACGCAUUGCAGACAAAGCCCUGAAGGAGCUGCUGGGUGCAACACAGGAAGUGGCUGGAACGUGACUGGGGGAAUUUCCUGAGCCCUGAUGAGAUCCACGUUGACCAUGCCUUCCUCACAGCGAUGGCGAGACGAGUUACAGCAACCAUGGAAAGCACUUAAUGUGUAUCCCCAUAGCCAAGUCAACUAUCUAUAAAUAUAGAGGGGAAAUCCCUUCAGGAAAACACUGUGUUGGGGUUGCAUGGAUUUCUUUGGUGUUUAUUUUGCCUGUAGCAGGGGCACGAUGCAUCACUAGUGCCAUCGUAGCUAAACUUCAAGUGUCACAAGCAUAGAGUGGGCUCAGUGAUUAUAUGGAGUUCCCCACCUGACAACAUCUGUUGUCACUUUAUUUUUUAAAUAAAUAAUACUAUAAGACUGA